GUAUGCCAAAAUCUUCCUCCGUUUCGGAAGAUCUAUCUAGUAGCAAGACUGUCAAAAUUGAAGAAUAUGUUGCCCCAAGUGAGGAUGAGAAACCAAGAACUACUGAAGUUAAUCUACAUUCUCCGCUUCCAGUUCUUUCAGCAAACAAGGCUCAAGAAAGCACAUUGGUUCCUAGUCAAGAGUUGAAGCAGUUCAUCUAUAUAGAGGACGUUGAAUCAACUUUCCACACGGUUCAGUCAUUCUUGAAGUCUUUACCAGAGCAGUAUCCCAGCCAACAAUCCAGCCUCCAGAGCAAUAGUACUUCUUCAGCCCAAACACUUGCAAAGUUGAUAUUUGAAUGUUCAAUCAGACUACCUUUGGAGGCAUUGGCUCAUGACCCGAUAAAUGAAAAAGAAAUGCAUGGUGCAAUUGCUGCUUUAAAUGAAAAUCCCUCAUCAUUGUUUAGCGAUGAACAAGCCAAGCAAUUGGUAAAACUCAAGUAUGAAUUCCCUGUCAUGGUUAAGAAAUGGAGGGACUUGGCACGAGCUGAAUUAAGUUACCAGGAAUUCUUGACCAACUUCGAAGAGGACAGGAAAAAACUGGAUAAUUGGAUUAGAUCAGAAGCAAUGUUGAAGUCGGAGUAUGAUAAAAAGGAGGAACAAGCUAGGGAGUUGGAAGCAUUACUUCAAGAUAUAAGGACCAGACAGAAAGAAAUCAUGGAUGAACGACAAGAAGGGUCUAAAGAAGCUCAAAAACUCAUGUUGUUAGCUCAAGAAAAAUCUGUCAGGAUAGAAAGCACUAGCAAUGAAUUGGUAACAACAAAGAUGCAGAUGGAUGGCUUAAGGAAAAAUUGGUCCAACUUUCAGUCUACAUUCCCGUAGAUGUUACAUUCCGGUCUCUCCUUCUGUUGUCAGAAACCACAAUUGUUUUAACUUUCUUGACGUUAUGGUU